GGAGUCCCUGUGUUUCUGCAAGUUUGCUUUUCACCCAGCAUCGGACAGCGAUGAUACUAGGUGUGUGUGAUUGAGUGUGUGUGUCUUAUCUUUGUCUGCAGGGACUGCAUCUGCCUGCGACCACCAUUGACUGUGACACUCACUCGAAGUGUGUCGCCUCACACACGCCCACACUCACCAUGGCAGCGGAGUGUGUUCCGGAGGGGUCCGACCUUAAGGAGAUGGGUGAGGAGGAUGUAUGGGAGCUGAUCAACGACAACCGUCAUCGUAUCUCCCUGGGUGUGAAACCAUGUAUGUUGAUCCCCUACCUGCGCCAGGCCAGGGUCCUCACAGAGAUGGAUGAAGACGAGAUCCUCUCCUGCCUCAAGCUCACCAACCGCUCCAUGAGGACCAGUCACAUGCUGGACCUGCUGCGUAUCCAGGGAAGGGACGGAGCAAUGGCCCUGCUGGAGAGCCUGAUGAUCCACUACCCCACCCUCUACACCCAGGUCACAGGCCGUAAGCCCAGCGCCCAGCCCUCUGGCUUCAGUGGCCUGAUUAAGUACUCAGACUUGACGGAGUACCUGGUCAGAGCCGUGACAGGGAUGCAGAAGGAGCUGCAGGAGGCUCGGCAGGAGGCCAGUCGGCUGGGGACGCGCUGCACCUCCCUGGAGGCGGAGCUAGGUCAGACUCUGGAGCAGGGGGAGGAGUUUCGCCGUCUUAAGGCCGACCACGGCCGCAUGAGGAAGCAGUUGGCUGCCGCGCACCAUGACAUCUUGAAGCUGAAGGACGAGAAGUGUGACCUGUAUGUACGGUACACGGCCGCCAUCGAGGAGAGGUCGACCGCCAACAUCCACUGUAGCGACCUCAACCUGCAGGUAUAUCAGCUUCAGUUUGAGCUGCGCAAAGCCCAGACAGAGACGGAUUUUGAGAGGCAGCGCUCGCUCAAGUGCACCACCCCCAGCGAGAUGCAGCAUCUGCGGGACGAGAUUAGCACUCUGCGCAGGCAGCUACUGGAGGCUGAGAAAUUCACCCCAGCGCGUGAGGAUAUCCUGGCCCAAGACCUGGCUGACGCGAGGGAUGGCGGUAUAGAGCUUGCUGAGCAGCUCAGGUGCUACAGAGAGGAUAAUGAGCAGCUGGCCCGCGAGAGGCAGGAGAUUGUAGAACAGAAGGAGUGUCUGGCGCUGCAGGUUCAGAAGCUGUCUCUGGACUGUGAGAUGUACCAGCAGAAGACUACUGUCAUACAGAACCAACUGAGGGAGCUACAGGCAGAGAGAGACCACGCGUACCUGUCCAGAGACGAGGCCCAGGCCCAGAUAGCCAGGAGCCUGGCUGAGAAGGACAUGCUGCGCAGCCAACUGGUGGAGCUCCAGGAGAAGGUCUUCACCCUCAGGGCCUGGGGUGCCUGCCGAGGGGGCCCCGACACACCAAGGGAGAGGAAGUUCAGCUGGGAGAGCCAGGGCUCCAGCAGUGACAGCCUCCCCGCCAGCCCCCGACAACGUGCCCGCCUCCGCCGCAUGCAUGCAAUAUGCCCCGAUUCCAUGAGUGGAUGCAGUAUAAAGAGUGGCGAUAUCAGUCCAAGUAGUGUGCGGUCCCAAAAUGUGGAGCCUCCAUGCCCAGAGUCACUGCGGAGACGAGAAGAGACCCUAUGGUACAAUCGAGACAGCUCGGAGACGGCUGAAUGUGACUCCUUACUGGACAAUGACUUUGUGUUCAUCCCCAGUGAAAAUGAGGUUGAGCAAUCUGUUAUGUCACCCAUGCCUUCCUGCCAAGGCAACAACAGUGAUGGCCUCUUCAGGGCAUCAGCCCCUCCGUUCCUGCUGCGCUCCCGGCCCCGGGCCAUGCGCAUCACGGGCCGAGUCCUGACCAUCUCCUUCCAGGGGGAGGCGCUGCUGAGCCAGCUGCAGGUGGUGGGUGGUAACAAGACAGGCGUGUUCGUCCACAAGGUCACUGAAGGCUCCGCCGCCAACAACGUGGGCAUCAGUUCGGGGGCACAAAUAUUGGAGGUGAAGUAUGAGCAGGCUCAGCAGGCUCUAAGGAUGGUUCUGGAGGACUCCACCCUGGAGGAAGCCAUGUGGGCUCUGGGGCAGGUCCGAGGCUUCUGCCACCUCUCCCUGAGGCCCAAUCAAGAUGCCUAUGAGAAGCUCCUGCUCCAGCUGCAGAGUGGCGAGACCAUGUCGGGUGACUCCUUCUACGUGCGUGUCAACAUGUCGUUACCCGGGGGCUCGCAGGACGCUCUGACCGUUUCCUGUAACGACAUCCUCCACGUCACAAGCACCCGCCCAGCGGGCAUCGACUGCUCCUGGAGGGCCAGCCACGUCCAUCCUUGCCAACUGCUGGACCUCAAGACUGGCAACAUGCCUAACUACUACAGGGCCCAACGCCUGCUGAUCAGAGCUAUUGAGGACAUGAGCUUCCAACCCAUGACACUUAGAAAGGCCCAGGAGAAGCAGAAGACGGUGAGGAUUGUCAGUACUGGGAGACAGGGAAGGAAUCCUCUGUGGGUCUGUGUAGAAGACAGCAAGGACAAGAGCACUGGGCCAGGGGAUGCCUCUGCGCCCAGAGGCUGUGUGACCCUCAUGCCCUACACCCUGGUCACGCCCCACUACCCACCCGUCUGCCGUCCAGUCCUCCUGCUACCCACAAUCCUCGGCCGUGUCCUGGAUAAGAAGCUGGCCGAGUGGCAGGGCUUUCAGUUGUGUGAGCCAGAGUUAUUGAGUUCCAGCGAGCACGCUGCCAGGCUGCAGAGGUCUGAGGUGCUGGAGGAGUGUGAACAAGGGGGUCAGCGGUGUUACACCCUGCAGAGUGUUGAGAGGGUCAUAAAGCAGGGUACCCACUGUGUGCUGCCUCUAGGCCUGGACUGUGUACGCCGCCUCCACAGGGCAGAGAUCUUCCCCAUCAUCAUCUUCAUCGCCCAGUCCAAGUGCAGCGCACGCAAACUCAAGUCUAAGGUGCAGCGUCAGGGCUGGUCCGAGGAGCAGCUGCUUGAGUGUUCUCGCAGCGAGGAGCCCCUGCUGGACAAGCUGCCCUGCCUCUACCGCAGCAUCAGCCCUGGCUCGUGGGGAGACAGCACCGCCCUGCUCACCACCCUGCGCUCCAUCAUCUGGGAGGAGCAGAAGAAGAUUGUGUGGGUGGAGCCUGAUUUGUGGUGAUUUUAGGGCAUCAGAGGGAUCAAUGUGAAGUUUGUUGAGGGGGCACUGGUGGCCAAAUUGGAUGUCUUUGAAUUCAAUAUUUGUAAAAUAAAUUAUUUUUAAUAUUUGUAAAUGGAUAAAACUGAGAAGGGUUGCAAUAGCCAUUACAUACCUGGCCAUUAUGAGACAAGGCAUAUUCAUCUGUAUCAUUUGGUUUAGCUUCAUUAAGUUAUUGUUGUUUUUUCCAACCUAUAUUUACUUGUAUUGUUUUUGGGAACAGUUUUUCAAAUAUCUUUAUUAUCAUAAAGAUAUGAUGUUGUUAUAUACUGUGAAUUGUAUUGUAUUAUAUACAGUAUAUAUAAUGUACUGUAUUAUAUACAGGAUUUCAACAAACCUGUGAAACCAUAGUCUUACCCAAGUCACACCUGAAAUGUAAUGUAGACAUUUCAGUCAGACUAUGUUGACAAGAUUUCUGACAGUUAAAGUUUACAUACAAUGAGGGAUUUAAUUGCCUAUACUGAAGUGUGCAACUCAAAGUAGGGUUGAAGUGUAAUGAUAGUAGGCAUUAUAUGGAUUUAUGUUGGAACAUGUUUUUAAAGCAGUGGUAUUCAAAGUCUGGGUCUGGACCCCUAUUGGGCUCGCGGGGGAACUGCAGUUGGGUCGCCAAAAUAAAAUGUAUAAUAAUA